AUGUUCAGUAAAAAGUUUCACAGCGGGAAAAUUAAAGAUUGGAAUAUCCAGAAGGAGUUAGCAGCUGACGAUGUUUUGUAUAUUGGUGGUUUGUUUGAAUUGAGCGGAGCCACCAACGCUGAGAACGGUCUUUCCGAACUGCGAGCAGCACAGCUUGCCGUGAAACAUAUCAAUGAGUAUGGUGUUGUCCCCGGAUUCAAUUUGGAGCUACUUUAUAAAGAUACAAAGCGUGUACAUUCGAGACAGGGAUUUUAUCAACGUCAGGAUGUAAUCCUCUCUGAGCUUGUACAGUUCACUUCCGGAACAUUUCGGGACGAUGAUCCACAGAAUGUUGCCAGUUCCCCACCUCGACAUCACAUAAUGGCAAUAGGAUGGAAACAUGGCGUCUUUUUACAUUUUCUUCUUCUUCUUUACAUGAAAAACAUUCGCGAGGUUUUUUGCACAGGGGCUAGCUCUCACAAACCUUACGAAGUCCCUUACGUUCUGUCGCCGACCAAACUAUCCUCGCUAUACACGGACGCUAUUGAUAAGAUCUACUUAAACAAGCCCUCCGGAACACAUGAAGCGCAUCCUCGUCAUCAUCGUAUGUUCAGUAAAAAGUUUCACAGCGGGAAAAUUAAAGAUUGGAAUAUCCAGAAGGAGUUAGCAGCUGACGAUGUUUUGUAUAUUGGUGGUUUGUUUGAAUUGAGCGGAGCCACCAACGCUGAGAACGGUCUUUCCGAACUGCGAGCAGCACAGCUUGCCGUGAAACAUAUCAAUGAGUAUGGUGUUGUCCCCGGAUUCAAUUUGGAGCUACUUUAUAAAGAUACAAAGUGUGACCCCGGUAUUGGAACUGAUGCCUUCUAUGACCUGAUAUACCGGAAGCCGAAGAUGACAAUGGUUAUGGGGAGCGCCUGCACUGAGGUCACUAAGAUACUAGCCGAAAUAGUGCCUUACUGGAAUCUCAUUCUUAUAUCCCAUGCUGCCACGUCACCUGCUUUGAGCGAAAGAGAGAAAUAUAAUACGUUCUUCCGCCUUGCGCCAGGGGAUUCUUCUCUCAAUCCUGCUCGGCGCAUGCUCAUUCAAUACUUCCGGUGGAAUACAGUUGCUACACUGUACGAAGAUAAAGAAAUAUAUUCACUUGCAAUGGACGAUAUCGGUGACGUGUUCGACAACCACAACAUCUCUACCGUCGCUGCUCUGUCCUUCACGUCGAAGAACGAAGUGCCUCAAAAAAUGAAGAGGUUGAAAACUCUCGACGUCCGGAUCUUGAUCGGAGGAUUUUCGCAGUCUUCUGCGAGGCAAGUGUUCUGUGAGGCCUACAAGCUGGGCAUGUACGGUCACCGCUACGUGUGGCUUCUCGUCGGGAGCUUCCUAGACACAUGGUGGAACAGCACAGACAUCAGCGGCUGCACACGACAACAACUACGGGAAGCAGCGGAGGGAUACAUCAUCGUGUCCAGCCUCAACAACCUCAUGGGCGAUACCAUGUCUGUGGCUAAUCUGACAACAGGGGAGUUUCAGCGCGAGUACUGGGAGAACAACGGGUCCGCGCCAAUGAGCAUGUAUGCCAGCACAACCUACGACACCAUGUGGACGAUAGCGUUAACACUGAGGGCGACUCUUGAACGUGCUGACACUGGCAACGACAGCCUCCCCGACCUCAGACAGCUGAACUACUCCGACAUGCGCCCUGUCAAGGACGCCUUCAUGAAAACCAUUGACGACCUUGGCUUUGUCGGAGUCUCGGGCCCCGUCUCCUUCAAAGGCUCCGACAGAGAGAGUAUAGCAGUCAUCUAUCAAAACCAAGAUGGUAACUUUACACGUGUGGCAGUCCUAGAACCCAACAGUGACGAGCUGGACUUUAACUGCAAUCAGUGCCGUGACAUCAACUGGCAAGGUGGGCGUGUCCCACGGGACAAGAAGAUCGUGUGGCUGAGCCAGAAGACCAUCGAUCCACUGUUCUUCUACGUGUCGUGCGUCCUGUGUGGCUUUGGAGUCAUAGCCGCCAUUUUGUUUCUCACGUUUAAUCUCCACCACAGGAAACUCCGUUACAUCAAGUUAUCUAGCCCCAAACUUAACAACGUAGCUGUGGCUGGCUGCAUCCUCGUCUACUCGGCCGUCAUCCUCCUCGGCAUGGACGACGCCACACUGGACUGGCACAUCUUUCCCUUUGUGUGUACGACACGAGCGUUUCUUCUAGCUGCUGGUUUUUCCUUGGCGUUUGGUGCCAUGUUUGCCAAGACCUACAGAGUACAUCAGAUCUUCACCAGAGCCAACAGCGGACUCGUCAAGAGCAAGCUGCUUCAAGACAAGCAUCUGCUGUUCAUUAUUGGAGCCCUCCUUAUAGUUGAUUCUGCGGUUGUUUUUGUUUGGGUGCUGGUGGACCCAAUGGAGCGGCGUAUCACCAACCUUACACAAGAGGCAUCCCAGGAUGACGAAGAUCUCCUGUAUCUCCACCAGCUGACCACAUGCCACUCCCACCACCUGGAGAAGUGGAUGGGAGGAUUCUACGCAUACAAGGGCUUGCUUCUCAUCUUCGGGGUUUAUAUGGCUUGGGAGACCCGGAACGUCAAGAUACCCGCCCUCAACGACUCGCAGUACAUCGGCAUGAACGUGUACAACGUCGUCAUCAUGAGCAUCAGCGUCGUCGUGCUGUCCAACAUCCUCUCCAACCAGCCCACACUCGCCUAUGCCAUGGAGUCAUCUCUCAUGUUUCUGUCCACGACAGUAACGCUGUGUUUACUCUUUGUACCCAAGAUCUAUGUCAUCGUGUCGUCCAAAGGAAACCCGGUCAUCGCGUCCUCCGGGAUCCUUGUGGAAGCCAACACAAGGCGGUUCGUGUUUGACGACCGGAAGGAGAUUUACUACCGGGCGGAAGUACAGAACCGGGUGUACAAACGGGAGAUGAUAGAGCUGGAGCAGGAAUUGAUGCGACUGGAGCGGUUGUUGGAGAUGCCGGUGGAGCCCUACCCACGUCUCACAGAGGAGCUGCUGUAUCUGUUGCCGGAGACAGCCGUGGAUGGCACACCCGACACACGGCGACGGAGGGCGGAUCUACUCAGUGGCUGUUCAAUAUCAGACGGGGGAUCUGUAUCUUGUGAAAUUGAGGAGAACCCAGAGGUUACGGCUGCCGUUAAACAGGAGGAAGUCUUGCAACCAGUGGAAAAACGUAACAGCUUCGACAAAACUGAAUCAGCGCUCAAGAAGAUUUGCAGGAUAAGUCGAAGUCUCAGUAUUGGUCCUGCUAAUUGUCUUAAACCUAGGCUCAACCUCCCGAAGCCUUUGUCUCCCUGCUCCAAGAGAUCCAAUAUUCUUCAAGGAAUUUCAAAUGCAUCGCCUGAAGGCCCCUGCUUGCAGUUAUAUCCGAAAAGACGAAGCGACAGUGCAAUAGAACUACGAACAGACAAACCCGCAGCUGCGUUGUCAUUCAGAGAUAUUCAGUGUAUACAAUCCUUCAAAAAUAAUUUACAGUUGAAAACUUCAGAAAAUACGCUUGUGCCAAAAUCUCCAAGAAAUAUGCGUCGCUUGAAGAACAAUACAAGAACCAAGCCAUCAAUUAUAGAGGAGAAUGAGGACUGUUUAGAGGAGUGUCCGUUUUCUACAGGUGCUACUUUGUUUAUACCGAGCAUAUCUAAUAAUCAAAACAACUCCACAAAUAUCAAUUGUUCGCACUCAAAUAACCCCUCAUUGACAUUGACGAAGAUGUUUCAAUACAAAAUCAAAAUGGCGCCAGGUCACGUGACGUUGACUCGGCUUUUGUGAAAAACCGUUCCCUCUCAAAACUGAAAAGUACAAAGACGAUUAUUGAGCACGAGAGGCGAGUGCGGAUUCGCAGAUUACAAACAGACUUAGUCAAAAUUCAGAAGGAAUUGCAGGACUUAGAUGAACUUGAGUAUGAAGUAUCCCAAGUGUGACUGUGUGUGUAUUAUGCUUUUUAUGUGUGCCGUACAUCUUCUUAAUUAUAUUUAUAAGGACA